AAAACAACGGCAGGAUUAUCUGAUGGAGUGAGGGGACACCGAGGGACGGCGGCUGAAUUUAGGGACAAAUACGCUGCUUCCACGGAGGGAUUCUGGACAACAGAGAUCCAAAGAAGCCGUCGAUUCGGGAGGAAAAGAUACUCGGAAGGUUUUCAGAUCAGCAGAAGAAUUCCCGUUGAAGGAUUUUUGUGUGUUGGUGGCUGUCAGGGCUGAGAGGAGGGCUGUCGGCUCGGUCUUCACGGCCACUCUUCACCCCGACAAAGGUGGCCAGAGGCUGGGGAGAGGAGGGGGAGUCGGAACAGAGGUGGUCCCUGUCCUCAGACACCUGCUGCUGCCGGCGAGGACACUGUACCACUGUGUCCUGCAUGGGAAUUAAUGCAGGACGGAGAUUUUAAAAAGGGGGGAAAAAACAUGUUUUUCUGUUAAUGUGGAGGAUCAGGACUUUCUCCCUGCAAAUCUGUGCAUCUACAGAGAGAUUCUGAGGGGAUUUUGCGCCGCUCAUGAUCAGGACUUUCUCCCUGCAAAUCUGUGCAUCUACAGAGAGAUUCUGAGGGGAUCUCGUGCCGCUCAUGCCCCGGCUCUCUUCUCCGAGGGAUGGGCACCACAGAGGCAACUCUACGAAUGGAGAACAUGGAAGUAAAAGACGAGUGGCAGGAUGAAGACUUCCCCAGACCGCUGCCAGAGGACGGAGACAUGGAUCCUUCCUGUGGCCUCACAGACGACAGAACCUCUCCUCCUGUCUCUCUGAACGUCAGUCCGUCUGGAGGUGUCUCCUCGUCCCACCGGAAACGCCGGACGCUGGUGGCCCCAGAGAUGAACCUGUCGCUGGACCAGAGCGAAGGUUCUCUGCUGUCUGACGACUUCCUGGACACUCCGGACGACCUGGACAUCAACGUGGACGACAUGGACACUCCGGACGAGACCGACUCGCUGGAGUUCAUCACCAACGGCAACGACCUGGAGUGGGAAGACGACACUCCGGUGGCGUCGGCCAAAGCCAACCCUGCCGACGGUUCAGGUGAAGCCGGCGACGACGGAAACGGCAACAACGGACGUCUGUGGAGGAGCGUGAUCAUCGGAGAGCAGGAGCAUCGUAUCGACAUGCAGGUCAUCAGGCCUUACCUGAGGGUCAUCACACACGGAGGUUACUAUGGAGAAGGACUGAACGCCAUCAUCGUGUUUUCUGCCUGUUACCUUCCUGACAGCAGCUGUCAGGAUUAUCACUACAUCAUGGAGAACCUCUUCCUCUACGUGGUGAGCAGUCUGGAGAUGCUGGUGGCUGAAGAUUAUCUGAUCGUCUACAUGAACGGAGCGACUCCCAGGAAUAAGAUGCCGGGAAUCAGCUGGUUGAAGAAGUGCUACCAGAUGAUCGACAGAAGAUUGAGGAAGAACCUGAAGUCUCUGGUCAUCGCUCAUCCUACGUGGUUCAUCCGCACCGUUCUGGCGAUAUCGAGGCCUUUUAUCAGUGUUAAGUUCAUGAAUAAGAUCCAGUACGUCCACAGUCUGGAUGAACUGGCUGAACUGGUUCCCAUGGAGCACGUCCACGUCCCUGAGUGUGUGGUGCAGUUUGAUGAGGAGAGGAUUAAAGCCAGGAGGGAAAGGAUGGAGCAGGAGCAGCAAUCGGUCCCACAGGAACCAAUUAAAAAGCCUGAGAGGCCCAAAUCAAUGAUUGUAGAUCAAGAAUCAUGAGACAGACGGAGCUCUGGAGGAUGCAGCAGACAUGUGGAGGGUGAAAACUCUUAUUUAAAUCACUGAGAAGCCAGAAGUCCAGUGAGUUUUACACAUUUACUGUUUUUAUCCAGCUGAAGAUUUGUCAUUUUCUGAUCAAACGUUGAUUCUUCUCUCAUUGAGGGCUUCAUAUCCAACUAGAAAAUGUACAAAGGAGGUUUGUGCCAUUAGAAGAAUUUUGUUUUUUACUUCAAAAACUAUUGCUGAGUUCAUUCAGUCAUAAACCUGCUGCGUAACAGAGCCUGUUUUAGUGUAGCUUAUAUUAAAAUGCUGGAUUUUAUGAACAGCUUCUGGGUGAAACUCUCCAGUUUUUGUCAUUUAAAAACUGAAGUGAAUUGACCAGAUUGAUUUAUUAUGAGUUGUUUUCAUUGGGAGAUGCUACGUAUUCACCUGUGAUGUUAUAAAACGGCCAUCCAGGGCGUCAGAUGCCUUCAUGUUUAUUUUUUUACCUCAUACCUGCUGUACAUUAAGGCCUCCUCAACUUUAUGCUGUCCAAAUGUACGAACAUCCGGAUGGUUUGCUCUCUUGUUUUCCUUCCAUGUGUGCAGUGCUUCAUCUUAAAAUGUGCCUCUAUAAUGUUAAAAAAAAAAAAAAAAAAAAAAUGCAGAAACAUGAUCAAUAUUUACCUUCUGAAACACCCAUAAGAGAAAAGAGAAAAUCUAUAUGUUGUAAGACAGGGGAGUCAAACUGAUCUUAGUCCAGGUUCCACAUUCAGCCCAGUUUGAUCUCAAAUGACCAAUAAAAUCACAAGAUAAUAACCUGUAAAUAACCACAACUCCUAAUGUUUCCCUUGAUUUUAGUGCAAAAAAUGUUCUGAAAAUGUUCACAUUUAAGGAAUUAUCUUUUUGCAAAACAUCAUGAACAAACUGAAAUUUCUGAAGAAAAAUUUCAUCAACAUUCAGUCUCAGUUUAUCAUUUCCACAUUACAACUUCCAGACCACAGUGUCAACAAAAGGAACACAACAUUUAGUCAGAGCUAUCUGGAACUGAACCACAGAGGAUUCAUUGGAGGAUCAAAACGACAAAAGUCAGACAAAAAGCAACAAAAACAAGACAAAAUAUUACAAAAAUGAGAAACAAAAUGAGACAAACGAUAUGAAAGAAAACAAAAAAAGAGACAAAAUAUUUGGCAAAAAACUUUUAAGUGACAAGGACACAAGUGAGACAAAAAGACCCAAAAUGACAAAAGUGAGAAACAAAAUGACAAAAACUGAGACAAACAACACAACACAAAACAAAAAAAGAGACAAAAAAGUUAAAAGCAACAAAAAAUGGACAAAAAAGAAACACAAAAUGACAAAAACAAGAAAAAAAUGUCAAAAACAUGAGACAAACGACAAAAGUCAGACAAAAAACAACAAAAACAAGACAAAAUAUUACAAAAAUUAGACAAAAAAUGUCAAAAGCGAGAAACAAAAUGAGACAAACGACACAAAACAAAAGAAGAAAGAGACAAAAUAUUUGGCAAAAAACUUGUAAAGCAACAAGGACACAAGCGAGACAAAAAACGACAAAAAUGAGAAACAAAACAACAAAAUUCAGACAAAAAAGCAGCAAAAACAAGACAAAAUAUUACAAAAAUUAGUCAAAAAAUGUCAAAAGCAAGAAACAAAAUGAGACAAACGACACAAGAGACAAAAUAUUUGGCAAAAAACUUGUAAAGCGAUGACACAAGCGAGACAAAAAAUGACAAAAAUGAGAAACAAAACAACAAAAGUCAGACCAAAAAAACACAAAAACAAGACAAAAUAGGACAAAAAUGAGACACAAAACAACAAAAGAACAAUGAGCAAUCUAGUAUUUUACUUUAUGAUCAAAACAACUCAUGGUCAUGGUCUAGAAAUUAUUUUAAAUUUACAGUUUUAUAAAUUUAUAAUCUGCAGUUAAUGUCUUUGUAAUUUUCAGUCUUUACAAAGUCGGGCCGGAUUGGACCCUCUGGAGGGCCGCUUUUGGUCCACAGGCCGCAUGUUUGACACCCCUGUUGUAAGAUAUCUGUAAAUGAGCAAUUGCUGUUUAUUCUGUGGCCAAAUUUAAUGCAUCUGCUUUGAAUUUAAAUCAUAUUUUGUCUACAUAUUACAACUCAUGUAUGAGAUAAGUGUAAUUCUAACCAACUGUAGGCAAAAACAUGCGAUCAUUUUGUAUAAAACCUGCAUCAAAGUGGCAAUAAUCAGGACAAAAUACACAAAUAUCGCAUGUAUGUUUUCUUACUGUUUCUGCUAUUCUUAAAGAUUUUUUCAUGUGGGAGCAGCUCAGAUGGAGAAAACGCAACAAUAUUAAGAAUCACAGCUGAGAUUUCAGAUGAAUAAAUGUGAUGUAGCUGCAGGUGGAGUGGAUUCAGAUCGUAAUUUUGCUCAUUUUAGCAAAUCUUUGCCUUUUUUUAAAAUGUGAAACUUCGUCAGAUUCUCAUGUUUAAGAGAAGUUUCUCAGAUGUGUUAAUUUGCUAAUUUUUGCUGUUCAACUGAUUUUUUUCAUGUCUUCCAUCUGUUUACUAUAGCAGGAGGCCAGAGGAGGAAGAUUUUUUAUUUUUGUAAAAAAAAAAACUUUCAAUUCAGUUCAAUUCAAUUCAAUUCAAUUCAAUUCAAUUCAAUUCAAUUCAAUUCAAUUCAAUUCAAUUCAAUUCAAUUCAAUUCAAUUCAAUUCAAUUCAAUUCAAUUCAAUUCAAUUCAAUUCAAUUCAAUUCAAUUCAAUUU